AUGAGCCAGACUCCCGUUGACCUCGAUCCCUCCAGCCCUAUCAAAGUUGCUGUUGUCCAAGCCGAGCCAAGCUGGUUCGAUGUGCAGGCAGCAGUAACGAAGACAUGCAAUCUCAUCACUGAAGCCGGCCGAAACGGCGCAAAGCUGAUUGCAUUUCCCGAGCUUUGGAUUCCCGGAUAUCCGACGUUUCUUUUUGCGCACACAACAAAAGUGGUCAACGACUAUAUGCUAGAGUUUUACAAAAACAGUAUUUCAGCGGAUUCAAUCCAUAUGGCAACCAUCCGAAAGACGGCCAGGGCUGCUGACAUUAUGGUUGUGCUUGGGAUCUCAGAGCGGCAUGGGGGCAGCCUAUACAUGUCUCAGACCUUCAUUGGCUCUGAUGGAAGUGUGCUAUUGCACCGAAGAAAGCUCAAACCUACGGGUCCUGAGCGUAUCAUCUUUGGAGAGGCUUCUGGUGACUGCGCCAAAAACGUCAUCCAAACCCCCAUUGGUCGAGUCGGUGGUCUCCAAUGCUUCGAACAUCUCCAAUCUCUGCUGAAGUACAACACCUUCUUCCAAGGCGAACAAAUCCACGUCGCCUCCUGGCCCUGUCUUUUCCCACCUAUCGGCAAGAUGCCCUUCUUCAAUACCGUCGAAGCUUGCCGCAUGGCAACACAUACACUCGCCGUUGAAGGAGGCGUAUUCGUUCUUCUUGCGUCAUCUAUUCAAACCGAGAAGGGACUCAAAGCUAAUGGCCUAGUGUCCGAGGACGAUGCUGCCGUCGUCAAUGACAAGGGAGAAAAAGAAACGCCCCACACCGCAGUGACAGGUGGUGGAUUCAGCGUCGUCAUUGCUCCGGAUGGACGGGCAUUGACAAAGCCUGUGCCGGCAGAUUGGGAAGGGCUGAUUUACUGUGAUCUCGAUUUCGACGAGAUUUAUCGUGCCAAACAAUGGGUUGAUCCAGUUGGUCACUAUUCGAGGCCUGAUAUUUUUACCUUGAUGGUCCGGAAUGAGACGAGGCGCCAUGUCGAAUUGGAUUCUGUUGGGGAUGGGUUUGAGCAUGUACAAAGGUUCCCGGAAUUAGAGGAAGAGUAG